AUGCCGCCAGAAGAGCCGGAGCUGCUGGCCCAGCCCAAUUGCUGCUACCACCUUCUCCAGCCCCCAGGGCAGAGCCAGAAGGCCUUGGCUACCUCUGAUCAAGUCCAAGCCCCCCGGGAUGGGCACGGGGAGAGGCUGGUGGAGCUGCACGCCUCCUUCACGGAGCUGUUCACUUUCUUCUGCACCAAUGCCACCAUGCACGGCCCCAUCCACCUGGUCUGUUCCAGUGGGAACCACCUUAAGGUGGCAGCCUGGGCGCUGCUGCAGCUGCUGCUGGGUGUGCUGGCUGCACUCUGCUGGCAGUUAGGGCUACUCUUAAGAUAAUGGCCCCACCUGGUCUUCAUGGCGCUGCCCGUGCACUUGGAGUACAAGCUCUCCCUGCUGGUCACUCUGUGUGACAUGAACCCACACUGGCAGCACCAUCUGGAGGCACUGGACGCGUUUGCCAGGGAGAACCUUGACUUCCUGUGCAAGUUCAAUCUCAGCCGGGGCUGGGACGCCCACUCUGCCUGAGCCCCUGGCCCCAAGCCCCCCUUCCAGCUGGUCCGAGGGAUCCCUCUGCAGAGGCUGAGCUCCCCAGGCAGCCCGCACAAAGUGGGCUUCAGGCUGCGUAACAGCACCGGCGGCGACUGCCUCUCCUGCACCCGUUCGUUGCGCAUGGCGGCCAUGCAUGAGUGGUACCGCUUCCACCGCGUGAACAUCCUGGCCUUGCAGCCUGCCCCCCACGACAGCCACAACAGCCACGGCGGACGUUUCUUCUUCUCCUGCCGCUACGACUGUGGGGCCAGGCACUUCCGGACCUUUCUCCACCUCACCUACGGUAGCUGUUACACCUCUGAUGGCGUCUGGGCGACUGGGUGCCCAGGCGUCACCCACGGUGAAUGCUAGCUUGGGGGUCAGCUGGUCCUCAGGGUGGAGCAGCCGGCCCACCUGCCCCUACUGGCUGUGGAGGCUGGCGUCAUGGUCAUGGUGCAAGAGCGCAACCACACACCCUUCCUGGAGCACUGUGGCUUCAGCGUUCGGCCAGGGACGGGGACCACCGUUGGCAUCCGAGAGGACAAGCUGCGCCACCUAGGGCGUCCCUACAGCCACUGCACGGACGGCACGCAGGGCGUGGACAUACCACUGCUGUUCAACACCUCAUGGUCCAUGCAGACCUGCUUGGCAUCCUGCUUCCAGCAGCUGAUGGUGGAGACCUGCCCCUGUGGCUACUACCUCUACCCGCUGCCGUCGGGGGCUGGAUACUGCAGCCCCGCCCGGCACCUGGCCUGGGGACACUGCUUCUACCGCCUCCAUUAGGACCUGGAGACCGAUCGGCUCCCCUGCGUCUCUCGCUGCCCCAGGCCCUGCAGGGAGUCUUCCUUCGAGCUCACCACCAGGACCUCCCGGUGGCCGUCUGCCAAAUCUGCCGUGAAGUUCGAGGCCAACGUGACCUUUGGUGUGCAGGGCUGGAUCAUGGCUGUGCUCAGCAAGCGGCAGUCACAGAGCCAGAGCCGCAUGCAGGGUAGCAACCUCGCCAAGGUGAACAUCUUCUACCAGGAGCUCAACUACCACACUUUGCAAGAGGCACCCGUGUACUCAGUGAGUGCCACAGCUGCUGUCAUGGGCAGCCUCUGGAGCCUGUGGUUUGCCUUGUCCAUGCUGUCUACCUUGGAGGUCCUGGAGAUGCUGCUGGACGUGCCAGCCCUUGCCCUGCUGCUGGGCAGCCGCUGGCUCCACAGAGCCUAG